GAGAUGAAAACUGUAUUUUUCCCACUGAAUAUGUGUUUUGAAAUAAAAAUGUUCUUUUAUUGCAGAGCGAAUGAGCUCACAGUCUCCACUUGACUGGCAAGUAAGAAAACGGAUAGCACUGGGGACCGCAAGUGGUCUGGCAUGUUUGCAUAACGAGUGCGAGCGGAAAAUCAUUCAUCGUGAUAUCAAAGCUGCAAAUAUAUUUUUGAACGAGGACUUCGAUGCAAUUAUUGGUAACUUUGGGAUUUCCAUAGUUACGGACCACGUAAUCACUGAUGUCCCAAUCCAACAUGUAUGCGGAACAAUUGGUCAUAUAGCUCCUGAAUAUCUCGCCAAGAGUAUUUGUUCAGAGAAAAGUGAUGUUUAUGGCUAUGGUAUCUUUCUUCUUGAGCUCAUCACGCGGCAAACUUCUUUCGAUCUUGAUCGUCUUGCCCACGAGGAAGACAUGAUGUUAGUUGAUUGGGUGAGAGCCUAUAUUAAAGUGGCAAAGUGCAAAAAGGGCCAAAGUUCAGGUGGCGAAAUGCUAUCAACCCCUGUUUAUAUGUCUCAACCAUCUGGAUUUAUUGACGAACAAUUCCCCAAUCAUGUCUACAAGUUGAAUAAGCCAAUCUAUGGUUUAAAGCAAGCCCCACGAGCGUGGUUCUCAGAAUUGCAACGAUGGAAUCACUCACCGUCAAUUGAGACAUUUGUAAAGAAGUUUGGCUCACAAUUCUCCAUUAAAGACCUAGCUCUAGAUCGUGCAAAUGUGGUCGGCACCAAGGCUGUCAAGACACCUCUAUCCACCGGUAAUACCCUAUCUAUUAGUGAUAGCGCUCAUCUUGGUGAUGCCAAAGAAUAUUGCAAAAUUGUCGGCAACCUACAAUACUUAAUGCUCAUCCGUCCGGACAUUGCAUAUGCUGUGUAUAAACUUGCUCAAUUUGCAAAUCAUCCUACUACAAAUCAUUGGACAGCCGUGAAACGAGUUCUUCGCUACUUGGGAGGUUCAUUUGAACAUGGUUUGUUUUUGUCCGAUAACUCUCCUCUGACGCUUCAUGCCUAUUCCGAUUCUGACUGGGUUGGAAACAAGGAUGAUCACACAUCUACAAGUGCAUUUGUCGUCCUUCUUGGUCGCAAUCCGAUUGCUUGA